CAUGACGCGUAAGUUGCAGUGAAUUCUAAAGCGAAAGUGCACAUUUAGAAAGAACAAUAUAUUACUUUGCAACACUUUAUUUCUUAUGUCUACAAUUGUAAAAAUAUGCUGAAAAUUGGUUUACGGAUUAACACUACUCUGAACACAUCGUUAAAGGCCUGAUCGACGGACUUUUUCAAUAAAGUAAUAAUGAUAAAAGGAAAUCAUAGUUAAACAAGGUUUACCGGUGUCUGAUCCGUUACGAAAGGUUGCAUGAGAAAGAUGGCAGACAAAUAUUAUAGACUUGUUUGCUUUGUGGUAGAUAUUUGUGCUGACGUAUUAAGGAAAUAUUUCGUCAAACUUGCAAAAACUGAUGCAGGGAACACUUAUACAUCAGUCGAUGCAUACUUAUCUCACAAAAAGAGGGAUGUGAUGAGAUUAUUUAAUAACAAGCAGCUCAGGAGAGAUCAGUAUGAUUUAUUGUAUCCUGGUAACGGCACCGCUGAUGAAAACCAAUGGGACGUCUCAAUACUGGUAACUUUGAUAAAAGAACUUUUUGCCAGGCGUCUGCAGCCCCUUGUUAACGUCGCGUUGGAAAUUGAAAUUCGAGGGAUUCGAAAUGAGUUGCAGCAUCACCCAAAUACUGGCAAUAUUUCAGAUGAUGACUUCGAUGAUUAUUGGGGGCGAUUGGACUCUUCUGUUAGGCUUAUAGCAAUGAAUGCGCUUGAUACAAAUGAUCAAGCAUCCUUACUAGAUAAAAUAAAUCAGGUAAAAUGUAAUCAUCUACCAAAUCUCGGUGAUUGUUUACGUAUUUGGCAUGAAGAAACCUCUAAGCAGUUGUUAAACACUAUGAAUGAAGUGCAUGCAAAUGCCGAAGAAUCAACAUCCAUUCUCAGACAAGUGACGGUCCAAAAACCAGGACAUUCAGGGGACAAAAAUAAAAGAAUAAAAGUUGCUGAUGAUAUUCUGGCACGGCUUCAAGCGGGGUUUGAGUCAACGAUGAAAGAACUAUCAGACGAUUUCAACCCACCAAGUGAAGUGACAGACAUUCGAGCUAAACUAAGAGAUUGCCAUCACGUGCUUGUAACCGGAUGCAACAAUAGCCGUUACUUUGAGACCGCUCUUGCAGCAAUAAAGGGGAUGGACUAUAAUUACAAACGAUGUGUAGAAAUGCACACAUCGUCUGAUUGGCGUCACAUUGAUCCUGAAGAUGUUGACUUGGUUGUAUGUAGAGAUCCAUUUGGAAGAAUUUCCUAUGAUAACAGCAAAGCUAAAGCCAUGGAUGAUAUAUUUAAAAGCAUGAUGCAUUCAACAAAGAGAGAUAAUGGCGAUAAAGCCUUGGAUAUUGUCAUAGUAACAGACCUGAAUAUAUUAGAAGAGUGCAAAUUGCAUUAUGACCAUGAACUCUUAGACGAGGUGGUGAAGGUGUUUACUGACACAAGUUCAACACAACCGGCUGAUCUUACAAUAGGAUGUAGAGGCCAAGGACAAUACGCACAAUCGUCUUCGCUGCCAGUAACCAGAAAUAAUUUGGGAGCUAUGACGGAAUAUUUCCUGAGGGUUUAUAAGAUAUACAGUUGUCAAGUAGAUGAUGAGAUACUUAAAAAAGCAAAGAAAUGUUUUCAAAAAUAUAAGGCUAUAGUACUAACAGGGCUAAAGAAAUGUGGUAAAACUUCAAUAGCUGUUGCAUUGGCGUCUUCCUAUAAGGAACAGGAAUGUUUACUUCUGAAGAAACCACACGAUAUUGACAAAAUUGACUUCCCAAACAUCUGCUUAGUGAUCAUUGAUGAGUUUGCUGGGAAAUAUCGUUAUGAGGAGAAUGAAGCGUACGAAUGGUACAACAUGUUUGACCACCUGUACAAUGCCGUUAUAGCUGGACAGAUGAACGUGAUAAUAACGUGUGAAAAGGGUAAACUAGACAAAUGUAUCAACGAAAUUGGACGGCAUGCCAUUCUUGACCACGUGGUGGAUGUAACUUUACAAGAAGAUGUCGUUAAAUUAGAAGUACCUGAACAAUAUGGACAUGUGUCUGGACAGAUAGUUACUAAAGAUCAUUCUAUAGGCACCAUAUCAAAUUCAACACAGACUUAUAACUACACAUCAUCAUUGUUAGCGGACAGAACACAACGGCCAAUCUUGCCAGUUUCUACAGAAAAUACUUCACUUUUAGGUAGAGCACAAAUGGAAGGACUAGAAUAUGGACAUGUGUCUGGACAGUUACUCAAUACAGACCAUUCUAUAGGCCCCAUAUCAAAUACCACACAGUCUAAGAACUACACAACACCAUGGUCAGUGAUACCGUCACAAAGGCCAAUCUUGAUGUCAAGUCAUGACAGAAUUUCUUUAGGAAAUACCUCACUUUUACAGUUACGUCAUGACAGGAUUCCACUUUCUACAGGAAAUACCUCACUUUUACAGUCAAGUCAUGACAGGAUUCCACUUUCUACAGGAAAUAUUUCAUUUAUUGGUAGAACACAAAUGGAAGGUUUGUCUUACAUGAAUUGUCAUCAAUAUAAAUAUAAUUCCUAUCGCAUAGUACUUAUUAUUAUUAGCUACUAUUAUUCCUCGAGGAAGGCAGCGGAGUAUAACUUUGGCGUUUAUCUUUCCAUCUGGCAGACUGUUCGUCUAAUAGUCUCCUAUUUCUUACACUUAAUCAUAACGCUACAGCUAGUUUAAAUAUUUUUAAGUAGUAACAUUCUAUUGAGGAAAAGUGCAAUGUGAAGUAGCUCUUAUGUUUCAUUUCAUAGUACUUAAAGUAUCUCGUUAUAUUUUUAAACCAUACUGCAGUACAUUUAACUCUUUAAGUAUUUAGAUACUAACGUUAACUAUAAAACGUUCAUAUAAGUCAUUAUAGUUAAGAACUGUAGCUCUUCUCCCCAUAACGUUUGCGCCAUUUGUCCUUCGUGUCCUAAAUCUUGUUGUCAUUCAAAUUAUUUCCGUUAUCAAUAAGAACAGCAUAGUGUACAGAUGACAUUGGAAGAUACAGAUUGUGAGAUUUUUCCAUCUGGCUGUAUAAGUAGUUCUUGGUUAUGUAAUCAUAUAUAAUCAAACUCUGAUUCUGUUUUGUUUUUUACCUAGGGUCCUUUGUAGUUUAUCAUAAGAGAUUUUAACAUACAUUGGAACUCUUUUGUAUGUCUUUAAGGAAAAGUUUUACAUCAAAUUUUAUCUAAAAACGCAUGUUUCUUUAUUAAUUACUCCAAUUAAACAGUGACAAACACUUACAUAUAGCCCUUUAUUAGAUAAAUAUUGACUUACUUUGUUAUAGUGAUUUAUUUGUCGAUAUAAAAGCAUAUUGGUCAUGAAGUUAAUGAAAUUAUAAUCCAGAGAGUAAUUAAUUUAAUGUU